CAGACAGGUAAAGAGGGCUUGUUGACACCGUUAUAUUUGCAGCACGCAUGCUCACUGCUUCAGUUCCUGGUGAAUUUUCUAUUCCACCUUCUCGUAACUUUUUUUUUUUGUAAGGUAACGCUGAUAAUAUUCUAGCGGAGCUACCUGAGUCACCUUAUCUCCAUUUUAUUCUUCUCUGUGACUGAAAUAACUGCUGCAAACGAAGGGAGGUGCCAAUAAGGGGGGAAAGAAAAAGUUCUGAGGGAUAUUCCGCAAGGUGAGGAGUCCUCAUGCCCAGAGCCUUCUUAGUAAAGAGGAGAAAUCCUCUGCCCGUUGUUCGCAACUGGGACGAACUUCCAGACGAGGAGAGAGCGGAUACCUAUAUCCCAGUCAGCAUUGAUUGCAUUCUGAAGUAUGUCCAUGAGGAUAGCUGCAGUAACAGCAGUGGUGGGGACCCUGCAGGGGAGAGCCCAGAGAGAAGCAGUAGUGUGGCCAGCAGCUGUAACAGUAGCAUCACUACCCCUAACAACAGUGACCAAGGUGGGGACCUGACACCCUCUACUGAAGAAAGAAGCACACAGGAAGAUGAAGGUCAUUCUCCAAUAUCCCAAGAACAAGAGCCACCUUUAAGGUCCAAAAUCAAGUUUACAACUGGAAGCUGCAAUGAAGAGAUUUACAGCUGCGAAAUAUGUGGUAAAGGCUUCCGCUUACAGCGCAUGCUCAACCGUCACCUUAAGUGUCAUAACCAAGUAAAGCGGCAUCUCUGCACCUUCUGUGGGAAAGGAUUUAAUGAUACCUUUGAUCUGAAGAGACAUGUGAGGACUCACACAGGAAUCCGCCCAUACAAGUGUGAGAUUUGCAACAAAGCAUUUACUCAACGCUGUUCUUUAGAAUCUCACCUUAAAAAAAUUCAUGGAGUGCAGCAGGGUUUUGCCUACAAACAGCGAAGGGGCAAACUAUUUGUCUGUGAAGAUUGCGGCUAUACGGGGCCGUCCCAAGAGGAUUUGUAUCUGCAUGUUCUUGAAAGCCACCCUGGAAGUGCCUUUCUUAAAAAGACCACCAAAAAACUGGCUGCCCUUUUACAAAACAGAAUAACAUCGACUCUUCAGAUGAGUCCUGAGGAAGAGGAGAAGGUGGAGUAAAUAUGACAUACUGGAUUUUUAUGCAGUUUACAUAGAAUAUGAAAUUCUUCCUUUAUUUUAUAGUCAUUUUUAAAGGCGAAGGGCUUUUUUAAAUUAAAAUAAUAAUAAACUGAAUGUACUUUUGAAAUGCAAAUUUUUUUUUUUGCAAAAAGACAAGUAAUUUUUAGAAUAGAAUUAUCUCAAUCAUUAUGGUGAGGUACAAUCUUUCUAAAGGAUUAUACAGCUAUUUGUAUAUGUAAAUAUUGUGAUAUAAACAGUUAACAAAAGCUAAUAUACAGACAACUUGCUAACAAUGAAUGUAAAAAGAUGAGAUUAUUUUAUACAGAUUUUUUUUUUCGUAUGAACUUUAUUAUAAAUAAUAUGGAUGGGUGCUGGUGCCUUGUAAUAAAAUGCUGUUUAUA